CCUGGCUUCCUCGCGCGAUGAGGUUCCGGUUCUGUGGUGAUCUGGACUGUCUCGACUGGGUCCUGGCAGAGAUCAGCACGCUGGCCAAGAUGGCUGAGUGCACAGGGUCUAUGCUCUGCAGCCAGGUACUAAAGGAGCUGCUGGGACAGGGGAUUGAUUGUGAGAAGAUCCUGAAGCUCACGGUUGAUGCUAAGUUUGAGUCAGGCGAUAUGAAGGCCACAGUGGCAGUUCGUUUCGUGCUCUCCGGUGCGGCCAAGCACAGUGUCGAUGGCGAAUCCUUGUCCAGUGAACUGCAGCAGCUGGGGCUGCCCAAAGAGCACAUGGCCAGCCUAUGCCGCUGUUAUGAGGAGAAGCAAAGCCCCUUGUAGAAGUACUUGCAGGUCUGCAGCCUGCGCAGUAAGUAUGAGGCCAGCCAGGGUCUGGGCUCAUCCUAGAAGGUGCACGCAGCAUGCAAAGUGCAUGGAGAGUCCAGGGAGA